GAGAGGGAGGGAGGUGAUUACAUGUGUGGUUCCACCUGACGUCCAGCUGGAGACAACACGACACCGAGGACGGAGCGCAGCAUCCCGGGGAGAAGGUGCGGGAGGAGCCGGUGACGCGUUGGAAACCAGCUGCGUCUGAGGAUCUGAGUUUAAAUCUGCUCCGUCACGUCCUCUGAGCUCAGACAUGAGCGGAAGAGUUGGAGACCUGAGUCCUAAACAGACCGAAGCUCUGCAGCAGUUUCGAGAGAGGAUACAAGACAUUCUUCCUCAACUUCCCGCACAGCAUGACCACUUCCUGUUGCGCUGGCUCAGAGCCAGAAACUUCAACCUGCAGAAGUCGGAGGCCAUGCUGAGAAAGCACGUGGAGUUCAGGAGACACAUGAAAGUGGACACGAUAACCACAGAGUGGCGUCCACCAGAGGUGAUAGAGAAGUAUCUGUCCGGAGGGAUGUGUGGUCACGACCGCGAGGGAAGCCCCAUCUGGUACGACGUGAUCGGGCCGGUGGAUCCCAAAGGCCUCUUCCUGUCCGCCUCCAAACAGGACUUCAUCAAGUCCAAGAUCAGAGACUGUGAGAUGCUGCAGCAGGACUGCACCCUGCAGUCACAGAGGCUGGGGAAGAACGUGGAGUCGAUCACGAUGAUCUACGAUGUUGAAGGUCUGGGUCUGAAACACUUAUGGAAGCCUGCUAUAGAAACAUAUGGAGAGAUCCUCCAGAUGUUUGAAGACAACUACCCAGAGGGUUUGAAGAGGCUGUUCGUCAUUAAAGCCCCCAAACUCUUUCCUGUGGCCUUCAACCUCGUCAAGCACUUCUUGAGCGAGAACACGAGACACAAGAUCAAUAUCCUCGGAGCGAACUGGCAGGAGGUGUUACUGAAGUACAUCGACGCGGAGGAGCUGCCGAUGAUAUACGGCGGUAAACUGACGGAUCCUGACGGAGAUCCUCGCUGUCGCACCCGGAUAAAUCACGUCGGCCCAGUUCCUCCGUCGUACUACGUGCGGGACCACGUGCAGGUGGACUACGAGCAGUGUUUGACCGUCAGUCGAGGAUCGUCAGAGCAGCUGGAUUAUGAGAUCUUGUUCCCGGGCUGCGUCCUCAGGUGGCAGUUUUCCAGCGAGGGGGCGGACAUCGGCUUUGGGGUGUUUCUCAAGGCUAAAAAGGGAGAAUGGAGGAAAGCGGCUCAGAUGCAGGAAGUCGUUCCCAGCCAACGCUACAAUGCCCACUUGGUGCCCGAGGACGGAUCUCUGACCUGUGAGCGCCCCGGGGUCUACGUUCUGAGAUUUGACAACACCUACAGCAUCUUCCAGAACAAAAGGAUCAGCUUUACAGUCGAGCUCCUGCUGCCUGACCACUUACUGCCCCCGCAGGCCAACGGGGGCUCCGGCAAGAGAGCGCAAGCGGAGGACAAACUGUCGUAACUGAGAAGGCGACUCGAUGUGCCUCCUCCAUGUUGUCAGAUCAGUAAUAUUCAGCCACAUGUAAGCACAGCCUGACGUACUUGAUUUGCUGACACACAGUUCGGUCCAACAUGGCCUCAGACGACCGUGUGCACACUAACAGUGUUUAAUCUGAACGUGUGAUGAAACUUUAAUAAACCUCCAUGACCUCAUUCAGAAAGUUCAGAUCUCCACCGAUAAGCAUUUAUGAAACACACUGAUGUCUGAACUAUAAAGAACACACACACACUGAUAUAUAUAUAAAUAUUGAAUCAGGAAUUUUUUACUCGCAUAUCUAACAUAAGUAUCAGCUCCUCAAAAUCUCUAUUGCUCAGGCUCUGAGACAGAUUUUAGUUUAAUAUGUUUAUUUUAGCCAAUAGUUUGAUUAACUUGAGCUUCAGAACUUCUCUACUCGGACUUUAAUGCAGCAAAGUCCUUGAUCCAGCGCACUGAUUAGCUGACAGGAAUAUCUGGGCUCAUACAGUUUGAUAAGAUCUCAAAUGUAGAAUCUGAAUCGUGUUUUCAAAGCAAUGUAUUUUAAGUGGAUUCUGUAAUUAAUUCAUGCUUCAUGCUUAUAUGUUGAUUCUUUAUUUAUUUAUUUAUGUUCAGGAUUUCAUUACAGAUAAGCUGAAAGCCGGAUCAUCCACAGUUUGAGUCAGUUUCUAAAGUCCAGUAUAAACCACACAGUAUAAUGUCAAUGACACAGCUAGCUAAGUAAAAAGAUAAAAAGAAAUUAGGCUUCGCGUCUUAAUUUGGUUGUCUUCUUCAUGUGGGUCAUGUGGUCACGUGACAGGAGCCUGAAAAAUCAGCAGAGGCGAAGUCUUGACAGAAAAGACCCGAUCAGCAAGAGGUUGUGAGCGUCUACGUUUCCGCUCAUCCACUAAAACGCUGCACCAGAGUUUUCAGAUUAAAACGGGACCAGCAGCGUUAGUGGCUCUCAAACUCCAGAGUUGUGUGGACGUGUCCGUGUCAAUGUCUUUUCAAACAAAGACAAAGACAUUUUAAAAUGCAAUCACAUACUUUCCUGUUCGGAACAACUAUUAAAUCCUGGUGUUGUGCAGCUUCACGAUGACCUAACUCACCAAAGUAAACAGAAACGAUAACUGUUGAACUGACUUGGAAAAGAAUCAAAGCACUUUGAUAAAUAUGAUUCAUAACCCUUAACUUUAGGUUUAAGUGAACAACCAGAGGCGCACGUGAUGUCAAUACUUUUAUGUUUGACAUUUUCAAAUCUGUUGGGGCAAAAUAAACUUACUGUUUUUAUUUUCAACAGCAAAGAAAUAUAUGGUAUUUUUAUAGCUACUCUCAGAGAUGCACUGAACUGAAGAUGAAGAUGUAUGUGUGAUGUCCGAGUGCCUCCGGAGUUUCUGCAGACUUUCUCUGGCUCGCCCCCCAAGUAUAAAGUCUGCAGGAAGUGCGGGCCAGUGUGAGAACGCAGCAGGAGAUCCUCUGUAGGAUUCACGACGGGCGAGUGGGGGGGGGGGGUCGAUGACGCCUUUAACACGCAGCAGUCGCAACAUUGAACAAAACUAAAUACUAUUAAUAUCUCUAGAAGAAAAAGCGAAGCCACUGACGAAGAUGCCGAGAGGGUUUGUGGUGACUGUGGCCGACGGCUGUGUCAGUGUGCUUUAAACAAAAUCACAGAUCGUCCUGCCUCCGCCCGCUCCACCAUCCCCCGCCCGAUCACUCUGAGCAGAGAAUCUCCUGCUGUGUUGUGCAUGUGUGAAAGAAAACCUCUGGAGAAAGUUCCUCAGGAGGUCGUGUCUGAAAGUGGCUUAUGUUAUAGAAAGCAAGUGAAACUAUGACCUUCAGAGACGGAGCCCCUCACCUUCACACAUGCAGCAUGUAGGUGGUGAAUGUACAAUAUGAACUUCCAUCAGAGACUGCAGAAGAUUAAAAGAUACAGAA